CUACGCAAACGGAGCCACUUGCUGAGUUUAUUGGCGCGGAAUUUAUUCGGUAUGAAUUCGAAAAGAUGCACCAUUGGCAAUCUGACAUGCAAGAAUUAAUCCGAACAUAUAUGGAUGAAUUGAAAGCUAUGAUCCGUGGCUUGAAAGACGGCCGAAGACCUCGCGGAGCCUUUUGUAAGCCAGAUUGCUUGCCGUUUAUAAUAGUGGCACAUUUUAAAAACUUCAGAAAUGUUACUAACGAGCAAUAUCGUUCAGUUGUGGCAUAUCUAAAAUAUCUUGGAGGGACGACUCCUCGAAAUUCAGCAAAUCAAAUUAUUAAAGAAUGUUUUGCGGAUGAAGUAUUGCAGAAUUAUACUUUCACUGGAUGGUUGGAGAAACGUUCCUUUAAGAACACGCGUUUCUCGGAAGCUUGCAUAGAGGCAUUAAGUGCAAACCCCAACUUCGUGCUGUCAAAUGACAUAUACGCCGAUGGAAUGACUGAUGCGUUGAAGACAUUCAAACAACGACUUCGCAAUCGGAAUCAAUACGUCGCAAAUAUUGCGCGAAGACGACAACGCCAUAACGAUAACGAUGAUGAAGAGGAAGACGAAAAUGUACAAGAUGAAGAUACUGACGAAAACAGGUCUCUCUAUGACGAAGAAGACAAGGAGGAAUUUUAG